CAAGGACAACUUCAGCUCUUCAUCGAAUAUACGUCAGCAACAUGUGGAUAUUCAUCUCACCUAGCAGGCCUAGUUUCUACCCAUGGUCGAUCAAUCCUUGUAUCAAGAUUAUUGAUGUUCACCUAUUGAGUUCUUCUAUCAAAAUAUUAGGGUUGGUCACUCAAGGAUGGAUACAUAUAUAGAUAGGUCCGUUGGCAACUUUCGGAUCUCAGUACUCCUUAUCUUCAUCUUCAUCCUUUCGUCUCUGGCCGGUACUUGUCCAUAGCAACCAAUAUGCUCUCAUACGUUGUGUCCGCCUUCAUUCUCGCAGCAACAGCUUCCGCCGCGCCACAGUAUCCGCAACUAGGAUGUAGAGAGCUCUCAAUACCCAUCACCGUCAGUGUUCCGCGUUUCAUUGUUAACGCAACAGUCAACGACAACUGGGAUGCAAUUGCUUUGACACUGGCCUUUACAAGGCGGGACUUUAGCGAGAGCACAGAUCCAUUACCGAUUUCCGGUCAGACAUCUGGGCCUGUAGAAAGCAAGUUCAAUGUUGGGGCAACACUAUGUGGGAGAGGAGGUCCUACUUUAGUUCUAACUCAUGGUAUUCUGGAAUCUAAGCUGUACUGGCAGCCAACAUUUCAGGCGUCGGAUAAAUACAACUUCGUUAAGGCUGCCGUUGCUGCUGGAUAUUCUGUUCUCAAUUACGACCGUAUCGGUGUAGGGUCAUCCUCUAAGGUGGAUGCACUCUCGGAUGCCCAAUUCCAAGUAGAAGCGGCUGUACUUGACUCACUGGUAGACUACGCGCGAUAUGCUACGAAUGCCACGAGAGUGGCACUUAUAGGUCACAGCUACGGGGCGUAUCUGACAGUUGCAUCCGCGGCUAGCAAAAAGACCGCUGUUGACGCCAUCGUCCUUACCGGUUUCGCGGGUGGCUUCCAGUAUUUUGGCCCCUUUCUCGCUGGGUCUGGCUUCAGAGUCGCACGAAUCCAAGACCCCAUUCGCUGGGACGCUUUGGACUCAGGAUAUCUCACAUCAGCAGACCUAUUUUCUGAGACGUAUUCGUACUUCGGAGAGCAAAAUGAUUUCGAGCGGCGGGUCGCCGAGUGGUCUUACUUGAAGGGUAGUGAGCCAUUUGCCGUAGGCGAGUUACCAUCCCUUAUUGCGAGCAGUCCCCUAGACUUUGCAGCGGUCACGGCUCCUGUCCUCGCUAUCCAAGGCCAAUUCGAUCUAUCAGGCUGUGGUGGUAACUGCGUCGGCCUCCUAGAUGGCCUCAAGGACGACUUUGCUGGCGCUAAGGUCGUGAAGACCGUUGAUAAUCUACCCGCGGGGUAAGUUAUACAGCUUUCAAGAGUUGAAUAGGUAUCCAUGCUAACUCUGGUUCACAGGCAUAACCUCAACCUACAUAAGGUCGCCCCACAAGCGUUCGAGACGAUUUUCAGCUUCUUGAAAAGUCAAGGAGUGUAAUAUUGAUCUAUUCAUCCCGAAUCAGCGUCUUGAUUGCAGGAAUAUCUGUAACUGUUAAUUUUCGGCCUUCACUUUCUUUAUAGGUAAUUCUAGAAUCAAGGAUCUCUAGCGCGAGGGGUUCGAACUAUUGCCUUUUGGAAAUUACUGUUAAGAUUUAUAUUAUAUUUAGACGGCAUACAAGACCGGCGA